GGGGAUGCGGACGGGGGAAGAUGGCGGCCUCGAACAACCCGCGGAAAUUCAGCGAGAAGAUCGCGCUGCACAACCAGAAGCAGGCGGAGGAGACGGCGGCCUUCGAGGAGGUCAUGAAGGACCUGAGCCUGACCCGCGCCCACCGGUUACAGCUGCAGAAAACCCAAUAUUUGCAACUAGGACAGAGUCGUGGCCAGUACUAUGGAGGGUCACUGCCAAAUGUGAAUCAGAUCGGAAACAGUGCCAUGGAUCUGCCCUUCCAGCACAACGGAGCUUUGGCAGAAGCCUUUGGAGCAGUUCCUGUCUCUUUGACUCCUUUUCAGUCAUCCGGAUUGGAUACAAGCAGAACAACUCGGCAUCACGGGCUGGUGGACAGAGUAUAUCGUGACAGAAAUCGUCUUGGGUCUCCGCAUCGACGUCCCCUCUCCGUGGAUAAGCAUGGAAGACAAGUAGACAGUUGUCCAUAUGGCACUGUGUAUCUGUCACCUCCAUCAGAUACAAGCUGGAGAAGGACAAAUUCUGAUUCUGCUUUGCACCAGAGUACUAUGACUCCAACUCAACAAGAAUCAUUUUCAGGAGGGUCACAAGACAUGCAGCAGAAAAGAGUUUUAUUAUUGACUGUCCCUGGAAUGGAGGAAACCACCUCUGAGGCAGACAAAGCCCUCUCUAAGCAAGGAUGGGACACUAAAAAGACAGGGUCUUCAAGACCUAAAUCAUGUGAAGUUCCAGGAAUCAACAUCUUUCCAUCAGCUGACCAAGAAAACACUACAACGCUGAUUCCUGCUACACAUAACACGGGUGGCUCCCUGCCAGACCUGACAAACAUCCAUUUCCCCUCUCCUCUCCCAACACCAUUAGAUCCUGAGGAAUCCACAUUCCCAGCCCUGAGUAGCUCCAAUAGUACCGGAAAUCUUGCUGCCAAUCUGACUCACUUGGGCAUCAGCACUGCCAAUCAGGGAAUGACAACAACGCCAGCCCCUUCCCAGCAGCACCGUCAGCCAGCUGUCAGUCCUCUCUCAUUGAGUGCAGACUCAAGGCGACCACAGUCACAGCAAAUGUCUCCUACGCUUUCCCCUUUGUCACCAAUUACUCAGGCCGUGACUAUGGAUGCAUUGUCUUUGGAACAGCAGCUUCCCCCAUAUCCGUUUUUUACGCAGACAACUUCACAGCAACAGCAGCAGACCCAGGUGGCAAGCACCCUGCCUCAGAAUACUCCUUUAAUGCAGACCUCUGGUUUACAGCGAGGCACACAACUUCCCCCACUCUCCGUCACGGUACCUUCUACCAUCCCACAGUCGCCUCCAGGUAGCCAGAGCCAACCGUCAAUGGGAAUAGAUAUCAACUCGGCUUCACUCCAGCAGUACCGCAGUAAUGCUGGAUCCCCAGCCAACCAGUCUCCCACCUCUCCUGUCUCCAAUCAAGGCUUCUCUCCUGGCAGCUCCCCUCAACAUUCUUCCAUUCUGGGGAGUGUAUUUGGUGACUCCUAUUAUGAUCAGCAGAUGACAGCUAGGCAGGCUAAUGCCCUAUCCCAUCAGCUUGAACAGUUUAAUAUGAUAGAAAACGCCAUUAGUUCCAACAGCCUGUACAGCCCGUGCUCCACCCUUAACUACUCCCAGGCAGCUAUGAUGGGACUUACUGGGAGUCAUGGCAGCUUACAGGACUCGCAGCAGCUGAACUACUCCAGCCAUGGAAACAUCCCCAACAUUAUUCUUACAGUGACAGGAGAGUCUCCUCCCAGCUUAUCAAAAGAACUGACCAGCUCUUUGGCAGGAGUGGGAGAUGUCAGCUUUGAUACGGAUUCCCAGUUCCCUCUGGAUGAACUAAAAAUUGACCCUUUAACCUUGGAUGGACUGCACAUGCUGAAUGACCCCGAUAUGGUCCUCACUGACCCUGCCACAGAGGACACGUUCAGGAUGGACCGGCUGUGAAGUGUGGACACCAGGAGCUUGGGGAUGGCGCGUGGUCCUGGAGCCCAGCCGAACUAGAGAGCCCAAUGGGUCAGUCCUGUCAGAACAGGAGCUACUGAGAGCAGUAGCUCUGUCCUGUACAACAUGUACAAUGAGUAAAGCUUGUCGUUCUAAGCUUGCAGCGCUACAGACCCCUACUCCCUGUCGCGCCGUAUUUUACCCCUUAUCCACUCAUUGCCCUUAAUGAGUAAGGAGUUUCCAUCAGCCUUCUCCUCUCCAGAGCCCCCCUCUCCCCCCACCGAAGUUCCAGCGUUAAGUUGUCAGUUUUCUCCUUUGCACUAGAAGGGGGUGGGUUCGGGCAGGCGAGGAGGGUUCGGAGCCGAGGGUAAAGAGCGUCUUUCCAGCGUGCUGGAUCGUCGGCUGUUGCUGGCUGCUUGGUGGUGAAGGAAGCAGCCGACGGGGCGGGGGAAGCUCUGACUACUGACCCCUCUCCCUCCGCUGCUUCGAAAGCAAAUCUCUGCGUUGCUGCCGUCCGGAACGGGCCGGGGGAGCUUUUGCGAUUUUGACUCUGACUGCUUUGUGACAGCUGCUUUGUAGAGUAAAAUGCUUCUUCCUUUAUUGAUGCGCCAUGUUUGUUUCCAGGUUUGUUUCCCUGACUGUUGUCCUGCACCCACUGCCUGUUCUCAUGCCCUGAGCAAACUCGUGUACUUGGCAAAGCAGAAAAGCAGCCUGGCAGCCCAACAGCCUUUUGUAGCUGGCUAUUCCAAAAAAAAAAAAAAAAAAAAAAAAAAGAAGAAAAAGAAAGGAAAAGAAAAAAGGCAACUGUAAACACUAUUUCAAAGCUUUUAAAAUAUAUAUAUAUAUGUAAUAUGUAUAUAUUUAUAUAUAUGUAUGCAUAUAUAUAUAUAUAUAUAGCAUUUCUGAGCACACAAAAAAGUACUAUAAUUCAUUACUUGAUUAGCGUGGAGGAAGGAUCAGAACAUUUUAAAGCAGCUAAAAGAAUAUAGGAGACUAACUUGCAGAGCACAUUUCUAAUUUUGCUUUGUGAGAGAUUCCUGGGCAACAGGAAGGGCAUUUGUAUAGCAGUGCCUGGCUCAAAUCAUGAUGACUAUUUUUUAUUUUUUAUUCUUAUCAUUACUUAUUCUGUUACCAUUAUUUAUGUUCUUUUUUUAUUUAAGUAUUUGAAUAUUAGACAAGUAGCUAAACUACAUACAGCCAGUUGAAGCACUCUACAUAAUACCUGUACAGUACAUCUUUUUGUGUUUUUAUUCCAGAAAUAUAUUAUAUAUAUUAUAUAUAUAGGUAUUUUUAACUAACUGGAAUUUUAAACAGAUGUUGAGCAGAAGUAAGGAAGCCUAAGGCAAGUCUAAAUGUUUUCCUUUUAUAUAGUCAAAAUAGGGUGGCAGGAACUUAGAUAUUCCUUUUUCACCCUGGGGAAAAAAUAGCUUGCUCUACAGUGGAAUAGUACUGUAUCCUUGAACAGAUUGAGAUUCUGUUAAAUUUAUAAUAGACUAUUUCUGUUAGUCCUUAUUAAUAUUCUGUGCUGCAGUGUAACAGGAUGAUGAAUGACACUUUAUCAGUGGCAAAUUGAAAAAAGAAAAAAACCCCAUCCAUUGAAUCUGAAUUGGUUGGUUUCACUUAAAUGUCAUGGCUGAAAUUUAUAAUGAUUCCCAGAUCUCUGACACUUGGACUCUAUCAAAUUUGGAAAAUGUUGUUAAAGAUUAACAAAGAGCCCAAUGCACUUACAGUAAUUGCCAGGGGCACUGUUAAAAUGUUGUAUGCAUUACACUAUAAUCUGCACAGUAAUAGCACCUAUAAGUAAUGACCCUUCUAUUAUGGAGAAGUUACAAAUUAACGUUAUUUUGAGUUUUUAUUAACAAAAUAAAAGUGCAUAAUACCCUGCAUGUAAGGUGAAUGAAUACCUGCUAGAGGAAAGCAUUUCCAUGCGGUAGGGGUUGAACAUUGAAAUAUAUUUUUGUUAACUAUUAUCUCAAAUAAAAGAGCCAUUUUAGUUUUUAUUUCAA